CCCAUUGACACCCAUGGAACUCCACUUCCCUGCCAUUCCCUUCCUUUCUCACCUAAUUACACCCAUGGAACUCCAGUUCCCUACCAUUCCCUUCCUUUCUUUGUUCCUUCUAUUUGCAGUCAUAGCGAUCAAGCUAACCAAAUCCACAUCCCAGAAAACACGGGCAAGGAAGCUGCCGCCAAGCCCAUGGAGGCUCCCCAUCAUAGGCCACCUCCACCACUUGGUCGGAGCUGUCCCUCACCGAGCCCUCCGCGAACUGUCCUUGCGGCACGGGCCUCUCAUGCACCUCAGGCUAGGCCAAGUUGAUCACAUCGUUGUCUCCUCCCCGGAGGCCGCGAAAGAGAUCUUGACGACCCAUGACCUCACCUUCGCUUCUAGGACCAAACUGUUUGCUUCUGACGUCUUAGCGUAUGGUGGCACUAACCUCGUCUUCGCUCCUUAUGGCAGCUACUGGCGGCUGCUUAGAAAGAUUUGCGUGCAGGAGCUACUGAGUCCAAAGCGUGUCAACUCAUUUAGAACAUGCCGAGAAGAAGAGAUGUCGGACCUCGUGGGAAGUAUCUCCACGAUAAGCAAAUCUCCAGUUAACCUCAGCGACUUGCUUUUCCUGUCAACCAAAAACCUGGUCUCAAGAGUGGCAUUUGGCAAGAAAUGCAAGCAUGGGCUGAGGUUUCACGCAGCAGCAAAGGAAGGGAUCGAGUUGGUCUCCGGUCUUUGUGUAGCCGAUCUGUUUCCUUCGAUGAAAUUUAUCGAUGUUCUCAGCGGAGGGAGUUCAAAGGCAUCUAAGGUUCACCAGGAGAUCGACAAGGUACUUGAGGAGAUAAUCAAGGAGCACCAAGAGAAGAGAUCUUCCAUGAAUAGCAACAGAGGAGCUCCAGGAGAGGACGAAGAUCUUGUCGACGUUCUUUUAGAUGUAAUGGAAAAUGGCAAACUCGAAUUCCCUCUCGCACUUGACAACAUAAAGGCCGUAAUCUUGGAUAUGUUCCUUGGAGGGACUGAUACGGCGUCGACGACAUUGGAAUGGGCAAUGUCAGAGCUAGCGAGACACCCCGAGGCGAUGCAGAAGGCUCAGGCAGAAGUGCGGCAAGCUCUAAAGGGUAAGGCCAAGAUCCAGGAGGAAGACAUAAGUGAACUACACUACAUGAAACUAGUGAUCAAGGAGACUUUGAGGCUGCACCCACCCGUCCCAUUGCUACUUCCUAGGGACUGCAGCGAGACUUGUGAAUUGGAAGGCUACGAUAUCCCAAUGGGGAGCAGGGUUAUAAUCAAUGUAUGGGCUAUAGCAAGGGAUGCCAGGUACUGGGGGGACGCCGAGAGCUUCAGGCCGGAGCGGUUCUACGUUAGCUCGGUGGAAUACCUAGCGGGAAGCUUCGAGUAUUUGCCUUUUGGUGGGGGGAGGAGGGUGUGCCCUGGCUUCACCUUUGGCAUGGCCCACCUGGAGCUGGCGCUAGCCAACCUCCUCUUCUACUUUGAUUGGAAGCUCCCACAUGGGAUUGCACCGAAGGAUCUAGACAUGGAGGAGUCCAUGGGGGCAACCGUAAGCCGGAAAUCAGCCCUAUGGUUAAUUGCUACUCCUCAUGAACCUAUCUGAAUAUGGGACUAUUUAGCCUAGCAUCAGCGUGAAGUAAAAGCAUUCAGCUACUAUAUAUAGGUUUAAAAGCAUAUUGAAGGCGCAAUUUCGUUAGUAUAUGUCUCCCAAAGAUAUCAGGAUAUCAGUGUGUGUAUAUAUAUAUAUAUAUAUAUAUAUAUAUAUAUAUCUCCCAAAGAUAUAUAUGGUAACUGGUUGUAUUUUGCUUUCUGAUAUUUUGUGUUCUA